AUGGCGAGCGCGCAGGCCGCGCCGACCGAUUUGCGGCAGGAGGUCUCGCUGAAGAAGAAGCUUGUCGUCGUGGGAGAUGGUGGCUGUGGCAAGACGUGUCUGUUGAUCGUCUACUCGCAGAACCGCUUCCCCGAGGAAUACGUGCCGACGGUGUUUGAGAACUAUGUACCGAUCGUCGAGUUCGACGGCCAGCUCGUCGAGUUUGCGCUGUGGGACACGGCGGGGCAGGAGGAGUACAACCGACUGCGCCCCCUGAGCUACCCCGAGACGGACGUGAUCCUCGUGUGCUUUGCGGUGGACUAUCCCGCGAGCCUCGUCAAUGUCCAGGACAAAUGGCUGCCCGAGAUCCUGCACUUUUGCGAAGGCGUGCCGUUUCUCCUCGUCGGCCUCAAGACAGACCUGCGCGAGGACCAGAAAGCGCUCGCACUCCUCUCUGCACAGGGCAUCAAGCCGACCACCGCCGAGCAGGGCGCCGCACUCGCACAGGACAUUGGCGCGCGCCGCUACGUCGAGUGCUCCGCCCGGACCGGGCACAAUGUCCAGGGCGUCUUUCAGGCCGCGCUGGAGGAGGCCUGCGAGCGCAAGCGCAAGCGCGGCUGGCGCCUGCGGAAGGGAAACGCACGCACAAAGUGUAGCGUACUGUAG